AUGGUGCUCGCUAUGGCAACUCUCGGCACGACCUUCCUCGGCGCCUACCUCUCCAUGGGCGGCGGCAAGAAGACCGAACAGCAGACACCUCCGAUCAACGCGAAAAGCAAGGAGGAAGAGAACUUCGUAAAAGACUUCGUAAAGAAGGCUGAAGAGAAGGUCACGGGCAAGCACUAA